AUGAAUUAUUUACCAAAGUAUUUAACAGAUAAGUAGUCUAACAAAUUUAGAAAAUUACUAAUAAUGAUAAAUUAUAUGUGUUGGAGGAAUGAAAGUAGAAAAUCCAAAAGUAUAUUAUUAGUAGCUGGUUGUGAUUAUUAAUAAAAAUAUUUUAAUUUACAUAUCAUUAGUAACAUGCAAAACAAAGUUAAUAAGGAGAUAUCCAUUGAUAUAUGGUUUAUUAAUAUAGUUAUUGGUUUGAGAAUGGAGAAAAUGGGGGGAGAAGGAUUGAGAACUAAAGUGACCUAAAAAACUCUAUAAAUAUAAAAUGGUUAUGUAUGCUUUAUGAUAAUUUAAUCUAUUUUGUUAAUAAUAUUAAAAUCAAAUAAAUUUAAAAACAUAAGAUUUCCAUAUACAAUAUGUGAUAUUUUUAAGUACCUCAGAAAGGAUAUCUAAUAAAAAAAGUCAUGAAUCUAUCGCUGGAGUAGUAUAAAAAAGUUAUAUUUAAAAUAGAAUUAUUUUUCUGGACUGCCUGGAUACUAAAUUUAUUAUGAAAAAUCAUCAAUUUUUCUCAUUACUGCCUCUAUAUAUUGCUAUUUUGGAUUUUAGAUUUGUAAACUAACUUAAUUUUUAAAAAAAAUCAUGAACAUGAACUUCAACUAAUCCUAUGCCAAUAUGGUAUUUUUUAUUUUUUAGUAAUAUGCUUGUAAUUUUCAUAAACAUCUCUACAAUAAUAAAGUCGAAUAGCAACACCUAGUAAAAUAAGAAGAAGGGGUGGAAUAAGAAGUAAAAUAAGAGGAAGGGGUGUAAUUAUCAGGAUAAAUGGAAGAUGAAAGUUUGAAUUAAUUAAAAUAGGAGAAAAAAUAUCAGAUUGCUAACGAGAAUCAGAAUGAUUAUAACAAAAUUCAUAUAUUUCCUGGCUAAAGUAAGAAUUAUUACAAAAACAUGGGUUAAAAGAUAGUUAGAUUUAUUUUUGAACACUUUUAAGAUGAUCAAAAUGUGAUGGGUGACACUUACAUUAAACAAUUUAUCAAAAUAACAAGUCAAGGUUUUAAUAGGAAUGCUAUAUUAAAACUUAAAAAAUCUAGGAUAGCUCGUAAAAUACUUAAAUUGUUCUUUGCUAAUUAUAAAUGGGUUAAGCCCUUUAUAUCAUAGCAUAAAGCAGAACUUGAUCUAUAUUUUAGAUAUAAUACACAAGUCUAUAGUCCUAAGAAAAAAUAAUAGUAAUCAAAGACACUAAAAAAUGACUAAAUCAAACAAAAAGAAUGA